AGACCAGAGAGAGGGGGACAGGGACCCAAAGAGGGGGACAGGGACCCAGAGAGGGGGACCGGGACUGCUUCCCAUUACUCUUUGAAAACACACGUGUGCUACCUCAUCAUAGACUGGGUUACAUAGAGUCCCUCUGUUGGGGGUGGGACGUGCUUGGAGAUUAGGGAUGGAGGGAAGUGCGGAGAGGUCAGGGAGGUGACCUGAGUGGACACUUAGAGACUGGGAGGUGCCCCUCCCCCACCCCAAUAAACAACUGUAGCCGCCUUCUAUGUUGCCUUGGCUGAGAUGGGGAGGAGAGGGGAACACCCUAAUCCGGGGACACCCUUCCUGCCACCUUGCCAUGCUAUAUUUAGGCUGAGGGAGGUGUAUGGGUGACCCCCCCCCAAGGUGGGUGUCAGUUUUCCUCCUGAAAAUAGCUCCCCGGGAGGGGCGCAGGGCUCUCCUGUAGGACUGUCCUGGGCUCCAGCUCCCGUCUGAUCUCUGUCUGUCUUAGGUCUCUCUCUCUGGGUCUCUGUCCCCCUUCUAGGGUUCUGUCUCCUUCUCUUGGGGUGUCCCCUCUCUCUGGGUGUCUGUCCUCCUCUUUCGCUUGGACUCUGACCCCUUUCCCACUCCAUUUCUGUGCCUUCCCCCAUCCCCCUUCAUCUGUCACUAUUCACUUUCUCUAACCAAAUCCUAUCUUUGUCUAUCCCUGAGUCCUAUAAUACCUUGAAUUUCCCUUCUCUGAGCUCAGGACAAGACCCUCUCCGCAGUCCCCACCCAGGAAAUUCCAGGAGAGACGACUGUGGGGGAGCCCCCCACAUCCACUGUCUCCCCCGGCCUCGGUCCUUAUCACUGCCCAAGCCCAGCUGGUUAAUGUCUGGCCUGGGGCUCCUGGGAAAGUGGGGAUGAGAGAGAGGGUGGGAAUCUGCCCCGGGAUUGACACUAAAUUGGCAAAAGAAGGCAAAGGAAUCUCAGACCCAGACUCCUGGGUCUGAGGGAGGAGGGGCUGGGGGCCUGGACUCCUGGGUCUGAGGGAGGAGGGGCUGGGGUCCCGGACUCCUGGGUCUGAAGGAGGUGGGGUUGGGGGCCUGGACCCCUGGGUCUGAGAGAGGAGGAGCUGGGGGCCGGGACCCCUGGGUCUGAGGGAAGAGGAGCUGGGGGCAUGGCCUCCGGGGACUGAGGGAGGAGGGCUGGCUGCGGGAGCCGGGCCGGCCUUCCGAGGCCCGGCACGCGUGAGGAAGGCGGGACCCCGGCCCCUCCCCCGCCGCCGGCCCCGCCCAGCCCCGCCCCGCCCCGGCCAGGCCCUCCGGAGCGCGAGCCGCGAGGCGCGGGCGUCCCUGCAGCCAGCGAGCAGGAGGAGGAGCCGCCGCCGCGCCAGGGGCAGCCGCGGGAGCCGAGGAGGGCGCCCCAGGUGGCUGCCCCCUCCCUCUCCUGAGAUGUCAGGAAGGAGGGGGCCACCUGUGUCCCCCACAGGGGCCCCCCGGAGCCCGGGGGCCCCCAGCCCCGGAGCUCGGAGGCGGAGGAGGUGCUGACAGGUGCUCAGCGAGAUGCGCCCCCACCCCUCAUGCUCCGUCCCCAUCCUCUUACUUUUCCUCCUCCCCAGUGUCCCCAUGGAGCCCCAUCCCCCACCCUCGCCACUGCCCCCAUUUCCAGCCCCUGAGUGGGACCUCCUGUCCCCUCGUGUAGCCCUGUCCAGGGGCGCUCCCGCGGGCCCCCCUCUGCUCUUCCUGCUGGAGGCCAGGGCCUUUGGGGAGCCAGCGGGCAGCCCAGCCAACCGCAGUCGGCGGGGGGUGAGCGAGACAGCCCCAGCGAGUCGCCGGGGAGAGCUGGCCGUGUGCGAUGCAGUCAGCGGCUGGGUGACAGACCGCCGGACGGCCGUGGACCUGAGGGGGCGCGAGGUGGAGGUGCUGGGCGAGGUGCCUGCAGCUGGUGGCAGUCCCCUUCGCCAGUACUUCUUUGAGACCCGCUGCAAGGCUGACAGCGCCGGGGAAGGUGGCCCCGGUGGAGGUGGAGGGGGCUGCCGGGGUGUGGACCGGAGGCACUGGGUGUCUGAGUGUAAGGCCAAGCAGUCCUACGUGCGGGCGUUGACCACUGAUGCCCAGGGCCGUGUGGGCUGGCGAUGGAUUCGAAUUGACACUGCCUGCGUCUGCACUCUCCUCAGCCGGACUGGCAGGGCCUAGGCCCAUGCCCUGGAACUAGGCAGGCAGAGGAGGAAGAGAACUGGAUCCUGAGGGACCGCAGGAGGCACCUGGCUGCUCUGGGCCUCAGUUUGGGAACAUAUCAAAUGGUCACAAAAUCACAGCUCUCUGAUUUUGAGAGCUCAAUCUGGGCAAGACAGGUGAUGAAACCAAAUGGGGUUUUGAAGGAUGAAUAGGAGUUCUCUUGGAUGAACUUGAGGAUAAUGAUGAUGAUAAUAAUAGCCAAUAUUUUCUGAGUGCCUACUGUUUAUCAGCUCUAAUACACAACUUGUCAGAUCAACUCUGGUGGAUUUGACCAUUGGAGACCCUUGGCUUCUAAAUAGCUGACCACACAAUCUCAGAGGACAUCACCUUGUGCACUCUGGAGAGAGUGACAAGGAGGGGAUCUGUCAAGAAGUGGGUGGGGGAGGCAAUUAGCUGGGAGCUAGGGUUCAAAUGAGAAAUCUUACUUGGUCAGGUGGGUGAAUGAUGACUUAGAAUAUUCUGUUUUGAGGUAGUUAGACCCCCAUCACAGUAGGAACACAAGCAGGGUUGAAUGGCAGGGAGUCAGGAUGCUAGA